AUGUUGCCCACACUAGUAAGGAGGGCGGGCGGCAAUGCCAUCAACCUCGACCCAGCGUUGGUCAAAUAUGCCAACAUGUACGUGAAGAGACACGAAUACUUCCGCUGGACACCUCGCACCGCAUGGCUUACAAUCACCUACGUGAUCGCCGUGCCCUCGGUGUUCCUCUACUAUGGUUGGACGACAGAUGGAAAAUGGGACAUGAGAGGGAAGCUGAAGGGCGACACCAUUGCCGAGUUCUAG